AUGGCUGACGCCCUCGCCUCACAACUCAGCAACACCACCCUAGGGGAAGGAAACCCAGAAGCCAGACUCCAGGACACACUCAAGCUUCCUCCUAAAGAUUCCCGGCCGCAAACUGAGGAUGUCACGGCUACUAAAGGCCUCGAGUUCGAAGAUUUUUAUAUCAAGCGGGAACUAAUGAUGGGCAUUUUUGAGGCCGGUUUCGAGAAGCCUUCUCCUAUCCAGGAAGAGACGAUACCCGUUGCGCUCACGGGCAGAGACAUCCUAGCCCGCGCCAAGAACGGCACUGGCAAGACCGCUGCCUUCGUCAUUCCUACCCUCGAGCGAAUUAACCCGAAAAGCACCAAGACCCAGGCUCUGAUCCUGGUCCCCACAAGAGAGCUGGCUCUUCAGACUUCGCAGGUUUGCAAGACCCUUGGGAAACAUUUGGGCAUCAACGUCAUGGUCACCACCGGUGGAACCGGUCUCAUGGACGACAUCAUCCGUUUGAAUGAUGCGGUCCACAUCCUGGUCGGUACUCCUGGUCGAGUGCUGGACCUCGCCAGCAAGGGCGUAGCCGAUUUGUCCGAAUGCCCAACUUUCGUGAUGGACGAGGCGGACAAACUCCUCUCCCCUGAGUUCACACCCGUCAUUGAGCAGCUGAUGUCUUUCCAUCCGAAGGACCGUCAAGUCAUGCUUUUCAGUGCUACCUUCCCUCUCAUUGUCAAAUCCUUCAAGGAUAAGCACAUGCGAAACCCAUAUGAGAUUAACCUCAUGGAUGAGCUCACCUUGCGCGGUAUCACGCAGUACUACGCAUUCGUGGAGGAGAAGCAGAAGGUUCACUGUCUUAACACCCUGUUUUCCAAGCUUCAGAUCAACCAGUCAAUCAUCUUCUGUAACUCGACUAACCGUGUCGAGCUGCUGGCCAAGAAGAUCACGGAGCUGGGCUACUCCUGCUUUUAUUCCCAUGCACGGAUGCUCCAGCAGCACCGUAAUCGCGUGUUCCAUGACUUCCGCAACGGUGUCUGCCGUAAUUUGGUCUGCUCGGACUUGCUGACCCGUGGUAUUGAUAUCCAAGCGGUCAACGUUGUGAUCAACUUUGAUUUCCCCAAGAAUGCCGAGACCUAUCUUCACCGCAUUGGUCGUUCUGGACGCUUCGGUCACCUGGGUCUGGCCAUCAAUUUGAUCAACUGGGAAGAUCGGUUCAAUCUGUACAAGAUCGAACAGGAGCUGGGCACCGAGAUCCAACCCAUCCCUCAAAACAUCGACAAGAAGCUCUACGUCUACGACUCGCCCGAGAACAUCCCCCGUCCGAUCUCCAACCCUGCUCAGCCGAUGCUCUCGGCUGCCCAGCUUGCCAGCAAUGGAGACCGUCAGCCUCGUCGCCAACACCACCACCAGAACGGCGGACAAUACUACAACACCCCCAACAGGGGCCGUGGCGGCUCCUAUCGGGGAGGUCGUGGUCAAGGUCCACGCCGUGGCGCGCACCAUGAUCCCAACAAGCCAGCUCUGGCCCCCAGUCAGAUUGGUCCCAAGCCGCCUGCCCCUGUCUCCUAG